GGAAUACUAAUCAACCUGUUUGCCGUCAAGUGCAGCAGGCAGCUCGGUGCGCAACUUUUUCAUUCAGCACGCACUAACACGUCUCUGCCAGCGCAUCGUUAAUAAAACGUGUGUGAAAUGUGCAUUUCUCUUUGACUGAACCGUGAGCUGGCUGUUUCCACUUUAGUCUCAAUUGCCUCGUCUUUUUUUUUUUUUUUUUUUUUGAUGUGCGACAAGCCGCCGGAAAGAUUGUAUCUAGGAAGAGACAGCUCACUACCUACGCCACCUCUAGCGAGGGAAGCCCCCCACGCGUUGCGCGCCUGGAUCACCGGGGAUUUUACAUUUAUAUAUUUAUAUUCAGGCUCUCUCGCCCGGCGGCGCGUGUGCACGCGCGCGGCGCGCUUACACGUGUGUGUUCAAAAAGAAGCCCUCGGACUCCGUCCUCAACAGUUGCCACCAGAAGGAGGGAGAGAGAGGGAGACGGCAGACUGAGRACCGGACGGACGCCGCUCUGCCCGGCUCUGCUCCUGACAUGCAGUCGCUCAUUUCUCCGGUGACCAAAGCCAUCCUAGUUGCGCUCUUCAUCUUCGCCAUCCUGCUGAUCCUCUAUGUGAUCCUCUGGUACAUCUGUAGGGACGUGGACUGCGACCACGGAAUUUGAGGAUUCCGUUAAAGCGGGGAAAUAACGGGAAAUCAACAAUGGGGCGCACAGAGGAGCCCAAAGAGUCCUGUCUCAUCUCAAUUGCAAGGAGGCGAGGAUACAGAAACGUCGUAUUGGAAUGUGUCCCACAGGCUUGCAUCGCUCUGCCUGUCUAGAUUGACUGAUUUCUGCUGCUUUUGCACACCCUGCCAAAGAUGUGGGCUGCCCUUCGGUUUCGUCUUGUACCUGCUAUCAAGCUGUACCUGCUUGGGUUUAAGGUCCUGCUGUAUCAGCUACUAAACAAACGUUUAAAACUUCCAGUGAUGCCCAGACAAGAUGGCAAGGUUGCCAUAGUGACAGGAGGAAGCAGGGGAAUCGGCUAUGAGGUGGUCCGGCAUUUGGCUAGACUGGGAGCACAUGUUAUCAUAGGUGGAAGGGAUGAGCAGAGGGGUCUUGCUGCCAUCAAAAGGAUUUGUGAAGAGGACAAGGAGGCCAGAGUGGAGUUUGAGAAAUUGGACCUUGCUUCAUUGCAGUCAAUCCAACAAUUUGCUGACAGCUUCAAGAAGAGGAACCUGCCACUUAAUAUUUUGGUAAAUAAUGCCGGUGUGAUGCUGGUUCCUGAGGGCCGAACUGAGGAUGGGUUUGAGCAGCACUUUGGUGUGAACUACCUGGGCCACUUUCUGUUGACCUGGCUCCUCCUGGAUGCACUGAAGGWUUCUGGGAAGUCCGGUCACGUCUCCUGUGUGGUCAAUGUUUCGUCGUCAGCUCAUUCCAUCGGGGAAAUCAGACUGAAUGACUUAAACAGCUGCCAACAUUAUUCAGCUCAUGCUGCUUACUGUGGAAGUAAACUGGCCCAGGUGCUGUUCAGUUCCCACCUUCACCAGGAGAUGCAGAGAGAAGGUUUUCCAGUGGUUUCAUGUGCCGUGGAUCCAGGCAUGGUGGAUACGGCUCUAUAUAAGCAUCUCUGCACACCUCUACAUUUGGCACAAAGUCUAAUUGCUCGGAUCCUGUUCAGGACUCCUGCAGAGGGCGCUGCCACUGUACUGUCAGCCACUUUGUCACCAGCCCUGGAUGAGAAUUCUUGCGGAGGCUACUGGGCCAACGGGCGAAGGGAGAUGACGACCCCGCCUACAUUUGACCCUCAGCUUCCAUUGAGUUUAUGGGAAAUCAGCCUCCAGUUGCUGGGAUUACAGUAACAUGGGACUCUAAAGAUGACUAAGAGGACUAAAUAUAUUUGAAAGCAUCACAUAAAGACCUUAAACUUGGGCUUACAUUAUUUCUGACCCUUUUUAAAAUUAUUUUCCAAAUCUCACAUGAAGGUGUUGGUCGCACAGAUAGAACUGUGAUUGGUUGCGUAGAGUUUGGCAAGCUGUUUUUCCAGACCUGCUUACGAAGGGCUAAAGUGAAGAGAAUAUGUCUUUAUAUUAUGUUGUUUUAUUUAUAUUUCUUUCUAAGCAAACAAUAUAUGCAGACAUACAUAAAUUUGUGUCAUCCAGCAGAAUCACUAACCAGAUUUCUGUAAUCAAUGAAUUUGUUCUUGGAUAUCAAUAAUUGGCCAUCUAAAAAUUGCUAAAUCUAUGAGUUACAAGACAAAUUUUUUUUUCCGACGAUCCAAAUGUUUGGGUUAAGUGAUAACGAAAAGGUACGCAUUAGUACAAUUAAUCUAGAGUACAAGUCUAGGAUGUGCAGAAAAGUAAUGACUACUGUUAUCAAUACAUAAAUCCAUCUUUUUCACUCAAAGCACUUUAUUUUUUUUCUCUCAUUCUAGAGAUUUACUGUCUAAUAAGACAGAUUGUGAAGGAUUUGCUUACUUUAAAGACAUUGCUUAGUACCUAAAAAUGAUUUGGAAGGAUAUGUGAAGAAUCUCUUUCAACACACUUGAACCUGGGACAAUUUUCCCUCAGUCUGUGAAUGACUCAACGUUUGAAAAAUAAUUUAUUGCAAAGCCAGGGUUUCCAGGUGUUUCUUUUUCUCCAUCAGUUCAGACACAAAAAAGGAGAAAUUGGUCAUACGUUUUUGUUUUUGAUACGUACUGUUGUUUUGCACCGGGGACAUGUGUGCAGUAUGCACAGAAGUCUAGUAUGAACUCUUAUGGACCCAAUAAAUGUUGAUGGGGAACAAAACAAUAAUCGGUUUUGGAGGAAGGGGAAAAAGAGAAAGCACUUUUUUCCUUUUUCUUUUUUUUUUUUUCUAGCGCACAAACUGUGAUUGGUUCCCCACAGCUGCAGCUAAUGCCGCUUUCUUAUUUGGCGCCACUCCCAGUGCAUUGUGGGAUGGAAAAAUCUCCACGAUGAGAAUAAAACUCUAUCUGGUGAGCUGACACAGACGCUCGCUCGGAAAACACUGGAAGCAGCACGUCCAGGCGAAGGCUUAUCCAGCAAACAAACACAGCUGUCUCUCAUGCAGGGCUACACCCUCACACAAGAUGCGCCAUAAUGCCCUCUCCACUGUGAUUAAUGCAUUUUAGCAUUGAAGAUCAAACGUUUAUCUCAAAUUGACAUUCUUAGGCUAAAUUCUUUGCCAUUUAGAAGUCAGCCUCUUAUCUUUGUUUGCUGUAUAUAAAGCAAUACUAUCACUGUGGUAGCUAAUUUAGCUACUGGCACAGACAUUCAGCAUGGAAGCAGAGAAGUUCCCGAUAUAUGAGUAAUUUGAAAUUUCUCUGUCUACAUGUACAAAGAUGUGAAGAGAUUUUUAGUGUUAUGCUUUUUUUAGAGUAGCUACGUUUAAAGGUUUUUGCCUUUUCUUAACUAAGUGUCUGGAUCCUUUUAGGGAUGCAGCUCACAUUGUCUCCUCCAGAAAACUGUGAGGUCAAACCGAAUCUGUUACUCCUCCCUAAAUGAGAGCGUAGAUAACCUGCUCUGUCCUUUUCUUGUUAAUUUAUUUGGACAGCUAAAGGUAGGUGGAGGACGUCAUUUUACUGGCCUGUUGUUUUUGUAAAAGUCUACCAGAUUUUUUACUUAAACCUGUAGUAUCCUCCUGCAACUUUGUCUGUCAGCAAUUGUCUGCUUUCUACAAAGCAAGAUGUCAUAAAAAAGGGAGGGUUCAGUUUUAGAUUCGUAGUAAAGAAAUGUUUAAUUGUGACGAUCAGGAGUCGUGAGACACAGAGAGGUCUGUAUAGUUUGUCCAGUGAUUAUAAUAACUGUUAGUAUGCACUGCUAUCCAGUCAUUUUAAAAAAUAUAUAUUGUUUCAGAUUUGUUCCAUCUGAUCAGGUGAUCAGAUGGAAUCAUGGAGCACCAGGGUUUUCCUCAAUUUAUAGAACAAAGGGACUCCCUCAAACACGAAAAUAAGUUGCUGCAAAUUACUGGUCAACUGGCUGAAAGAAAACUCUGUUAUGUUUUUUACUUGCUUACAAGAAAGAUACAUUUGUCACAGAAUAUUUCCGUUAGUUUAAAAAAAACACAGUCUUGGUGUGUUUUUCACAUCAUUGGUGCAUACCGAGCGCAUGCAUAGCAUAGCAUGAGAUUGACCUGUUGCUAUCAGAUCAUCAUUUUGUACUGUUAUACAUGUACAGCCGGAAAGGUCAUUCUAUAGGUAACAGUUUGGUGGUGAGUACUUUGCAAAGAUUUUUUUCCCCAUCAGAUUUAGACAGAAAACCACUCCUUUUUAAGUCAGCAACCUCAGACCGGUUUUGUCAUUUUAAGUCAGCAACCUCAGACCGGUUUUGUCAUUUUUGAAGGUUGACUUUAAUCAAAGACAACAUUUGUCCUGCUUUGAUAUUUGUGAGACAUUUAAGAAACAGUUGCAAAACACUUGAACAGACUGUCAGACUCUUUGCUUUGCUAUGUUCGUCAGGUUUAUUUGUAAAUACAACAAAAUGUUGAGAUAUGACGCUUUUGCAAUUUCUCCAAGUCCAAAUAUGAUUUAUUAAUAAUUUGAUUUGGACAUACAAUUGCACCAGAAGUCCAGUAAAUGAGUUAUCUCCACAGUCACAACAGUUUUGUGCCAUUGCUUCAAUUACAUUAGUAAUUCAAUUCUGAAGCAAACAAAUAAUUAGAUGUUUUUUUUUUUUUUGUAGGCUCAUAAUUGUGUGAGGACUCACUACUCAAUGCCAGCAAUAUUUCUCAGUGUUUGGAUGAAUUUUGUUUUCUGCCUUCUCAGUGUUGUCACACAAUACUCGGAAACUGUUCGCCUCAAUGCUUCCUUGUUUGAUUGUGACUCCCUUAGGCUACUGGAGUAAAUAACACACAUAUUCCCACUGAAACAAAUGUGCUUGCUUCCUGUGACACAAAUGGAAAAAACACCAGCUUACAACUCAGCUCUGCUCUUCUAUAGAGUGCAAGGCUACAAAUGUGUGCUACAUCCUGUCAAAGAGCUAUCUAGUUUUUCUCAGUCCAGCUGCUGAACUCGGUGUAUUUAAAUGAGGGAGAAGUGAGGCGGAGGGGACCAAGAGAGCUUCAGACUCUUUCAUCUGAGCACAAGGUUAUCCAAAGAGUGAGCGUUUGACAGAGGCACGAACAAGCAAGUGAACUGUCCGAACUUAAACUGCAAAUUUAGAAAAGGAGCUAAAACGGCUCCAGUAAGUAUUUGUCAGUGGUUUCGUCUACGUGGUAAACUUGUAUUUGAUUAUUUAAAGCGCUGGAGGAGCCCAGUGGAGGUGUGUGUAGAUUGAAAACGCUUUAAUAGCCAUUCCUUUGACUGACCUGGGAUUACAUUUAUAUUAAAUGUUCUAGUCCCAUGUUUUGCAAAAUCCUAAAUGUGUAUAUGUAUAUGAGGAGCUGAGUAUAAAAGGGGGAGCCAGAUGAACUGAGUCCUUACUUUGGGACAAUUAAAGUAUAAGAAAAUAUGUUUGUUUUCCCUGUUCACUUAAAGCAUGGAAACCUUAUACUUGUUCUAAGUCCAGGCUUGCAUUUUUGAGACUCAACAAAAAAAAAAAAAAGUUCCCACCACAGAACCAUGGUAAAAACUCAGUUCAUCUCGGCCCUUUGAGGUUUUAAGAAAAUGUGUUUUAGUUUUCUCAUAAUUUUUGCUGUUGUUGAGAUGCACAUCUUAUUGCUUUUUCUGUGCCUAAGAAGAAAAAAAAAGAACUCCCUCUUAUGUGACUGUGAAUUUUCUCAUGUAGAACUAAACUAGUAGUAACUGUGAUACCGUCUUGUCCCGUGCAUUGCCGUAAGUUUUUUCUCUCGAGAGCGAUGGGAUGGAGGCCGUUUGGUGAUGUGCGCCUGUAUGCGUGAGUAAGUGUCUGUUUAGUUAAGGGAAUCGAUGUCCAUGUUUCCUGUCUUCGGUUGUAACAUUCCAGCAGCAGCCACCCCUAUUUUUUCUAUUAUCCAAAGCCUCUCAAUAAACAUAUCAUUGUGCCACUC